UAAAAAUGAAUGAAAAUUGCAGUAAAAAAUACAUCUACAUUGUAAUCGUCGUGUGUGUGUUUGUUGUUGUUUUAACUUUGUUUAAAAUUUUCUAUAAAAGUGAAUAUAUUGGACUUCGACCUAAUUUAUAUAUUGCUUCAGAAUACUUGCACGCACAAAAAUAGUGACUGCAGCUCAACAAAAGAGUUCAUAGACCUAACCAUACCCAUGCCCUGGGGUCAUGUAGCGGGACGUUGGUAUGGCAAUCGUAAAGUUAGACCCAUCUUGGCGCUACAUGGUUGGCUAGAUAAUAUGGGCACUUGGAAUACUCUUAUACCAUUACUACCCGAACAUUUGGGAAUACUUUGCAUCGACUUGCCCGGCCAUGGUUUAUCUCCAAAACUUCCCAGAGGUAUUGUCUAUCAUGCUGUCGACUAUGUGUGUGUUAUUCUACGUAUAAUGGAAGUAUAUGAAUGGCAAAAAGUUUCCAUAUUAGCACAUUCUAUGAGUUCAAUGUUAUCAUUUAUUUUUGCCUCUUUAUAUCCCAAUCGUCUGGAUAUGUUAAUUAGUAUAGAUGUAGUGCGAACACGUUAUCGUGAUCCUGCAACACAAAUUGAGUUCAUACGUAAUAAUAUAGAGAAAUAUUUAGUGGAAGAUGAUCGCUUACAAUUGGCAGGACAAAUUGAGCCACCAGCAUAUACACAAGAACAAUUGCUGCAAGUUAUGUAUGAGGGUUCCGGCAGAUCUGUGGCAUUAGAGAAUUGUCAACAUAUUUUAGAACGUAAUAUAACUAAAUCUGUUAAAUAUCCCGAUAAAUAUUAUUUCUCACGUGAUGGUCGUGUUAAAUUCUAUUUCGAGUUCACUACCUCACCGCCAUUUGCUGCUGAACUAGCCCGUAGAAUUCACGAUGUACCCUAUUGUGUUAUUAAAGGUUCACAGUCCAAUUAUAUAGAUGAACAAAGUACAGAAGUGAUCGAAAUAUUAAAGAGUAAAAACCCACAUUUUGAACUGCAUGAAGUUGAGGGUACGCAUCAUGUUCACCUCAAUAAUCCACAAGGUGUAGCGGCUGUCAUCAAUCCAUUUAUUAACAGACAUCGACCACCUUUAAUAGAAAGUUGGUCUCUCAAUGAUGUUGUCAUGAGUGAAACCAUGGAACGUUGGAGUAUUAAAACUAAAAAACGAAAAAGUAAAUUAUGACUAUUACCGUUCUUUACAAACUGUGCUUUGGACACCAUAGAUACCGAUGAGGAGUCGAGCGAUGAUAGCAAUUUUUAAUUGCGAAACAGUUUGUAAAGAGUUUUAAAUUUAAGUUAAAUCUUUCCUUUGUGAUUAAAAUAAAAAGCUCCUUUAUGCAUUUUAAAUACAUAUUAUGAGGGUCAUAAGUCAAAAUCGUGUAUGUGAUAAUUAUCCACUACUACGAUUACACAUAAAAAACUGCGACAAUUUGCUAAAAAAAAAAAUUUCGAGUGCUUAUGAUAGCGGAUAUGGUAUUUUUAAACAAAUUGGCGCAUUCUGCAGAGCUUUAUAAUGCAUGCUAUAAUGUCAAUUGAUAGCUCAUUUAGACUGAACAUUUUAAAUGGUAAACAGCUAUAACCAUCAAUAUCUUUGAUUGUAAUAACUUAUAUUAUAAUUAAAAACAUUAACAUUUAUUAAACUACAAUAUUUUUGGAUGCGUUUCGCCUUAAAUAAUAAUUAAAAGUAAUAUUUUUAUGUUAAUAAGUAAUAUAAAAGUUUCCUGUAAGAUUGUUAGUAUGUAUUUUCAUAAAUUGUUUGUUAUUUUCUUUUUUUAUCUUAAAAAGUUAAUUUAUUUAAUUUUAAUUUUAUAAUAUUUAGUAAUACUUUCUAGUCUCCUAAACUUAUAACAAUUUAAAUAAAUUAAUUAAUCUAUACGCUAA